CGUUGAACGUUAUGUUUACAGUAUACUAACAGACCGAUAAAGAAAGAGAGGACUAUGAAAAAGUGCGACACUUCCAUUCUUCCACAUGGUUCUCUCACUGCUAAGGCGAGCUGCGCAGACAGCGAUAUUAUACCUCUCAUAGGAAAGUUACAGUGUUGUUUUCAGCAGCGAGGUCCUCUAGGUAUCACAGGGCGAGUUUUCAGUCGCACUGGCAGUUGAACGUUUGAGUUCAGAACGUUGAAGAUUUUAAUGAGUUAUUUCGUUUCUCUUUUGGAAGAUUUACGCGCCCUAGAGACUAAGUGCGCAGCGUCUUCAAAACGGACUGAACAGACAGAGCACUGAACAGAAAGACAGAGGAAGACUUGCAAUAACUUUUACGCAUUCCGUCCGUGUGGUUACAUAAACAUACGUUUAUUGAGAGACUGAAAGUAAACUGAUGAUAUAACAACACUGGCAACUUUUACGCACUUUCACAACAUAACAACAUAAUUCAGAACAGCAUUUUUUUUAAAUUAGGUUUUCUGUCUAACCGAGAGACAAUGGUACAGCACACGAGCCACGCAGAGAGCACGGAUCCCUUCUCUCCCGGUGGGGACUCCACCGAUACCGGGGAUAUGGACUUGGAGAUGGACGCGUCUCCUACUCCCGGGUCUCCGCUAUCCUCCACGGGAGGGGACCGAGGCAACGUCGCCUGGUGUAAAACCCCCACGGGACACAUCAAGAGACCGAUGAACGCAUUUAUGGUGUGGUCUCAGAUCGAGAGGAGAAAGAUCAUGGAGCAGAGCCCGGACAUGCACAACGCCGAGAUCUCCAAGCGGCUGGGCAAGCGCUGGAAACUGCUCAAAGACACAGAUAAGAUCCCGUUCAUCCGGGAAGCAGAGCGGCUGAGACUCAAGCACAUGGCCGACUACCCUGACUACAAGUACCGGCCACGGAAGAAGGUUAAAACGCCCAGCUCCAAGACAGAGCGGGGAGAGAGGGGAGAGAAAAGCGCAGAUAGGAGCGGGGGUUCUAAGUCCUCCUUGAAAAGAAGCUCUGGGUCUAGGGGGAACAGCAGAGCGCACAAGCCGGGCCAGGGGAGCGCCAAGCUGCCUACCCAGGGGCAGGAGUGUGCGUCUCCCGCGGAUCACCACACGCUCUACAAAUCCAGGUCAGUGACUGGUGCCCGGCAGAUACCAGAAAAGCCAGCCAGGCGCGGCUUCAUGUUUAGCGGGGGAGGGAGCUUAGACAGCGGGCCACCCUCUGUGGGAGUCCCGGGCAGUCCCGCCCUGAGCAGCUCGUCUGAGUCUAGUGACCCGAUGAGCCUGUAUGAAGACCAGGCGACGGGGACGAGCGAAGCGCGUUCCUCCAACCCUUCAUCAUCCUCACCAUCAUUGGCAGCCCGCCUCAGGUACACACGUGCGUCCUCUCCAACCCCGUCCGCCUCUCACUCCUCUUCCUCCUCUCUCUCUUCUUCCUCUGAUGAAGAACUGGAGGACGAGCGGUUCGAGCUACAGCCGAGCCCCGGGUUUGAGAGCAUGUCUCUGGGCAGCAUGGGGCCAUGUGAGUCGGAGCUCGACAGAGAUCUGGACUGGAGCUUCGGGGAGUGUGGUGCGGGAUCUCACUUUGACUUCCCCGACUACUGCACCCCCGAGGUCAGCGAGAUGAUCUCGGGAGACUGGCUGGAAUCCACCAUCUCCAACCUCGUCUUCACUUACUGAGCGGCGGAAAGGAGAGAAAACACAGAGAACACGAGUAGAAGAAGAGAAGCCUUGCGCAACACUAAAGCCCAGUGAGUGUUAAAGAAGAAUCUUUAGACGUUCUUUCAGAUUAUUGGGGAGUGAAAUGUGCGCUGAACUAUCCUCUCGUUUUGGAAAGAAUAGCCUAAUAUUAACGACAUGUGUUUAGGUUAUUCGGGCAGGGUGUGUGUAUAAAAACAUCAUCAUCUGUUCCAUGUGGGUAUUGACACAGAUCAAAGACACGAACUGGGACAGACAGGGGCGCAUUGUUGCCUAGUGGGCAGGGCAGAAGGAAAGUGCAUAGCUUGCAUUUGGAGAGAGAAGAGAGAAGGACUCUGAGCCCGCCUCUGUUAGAAGUGACACAGACACACACAGACACACACCCAUGGACUUACUGAACUGAAGUAUUCAACCCAGCCCACAGGAGGAGGUUUGUGAGUUGAUGGUGAACAUGACUGUAUGGGUAAAGGGGCUUUUGGAGAGCUUGACGUUGCCAUGGAGAUGAACGCAGUAUAAGUGACCCACUCUAGUUGUUGUCCCCUGUGUGGAUGAGGUUUAUGGAGGUAAUAUUCAGGUUGGUUUUUCUGAAGCUUAACAUGCAUGCACUCCCUUAUGGAGUAUUCUGUACUGUUACAUUGACUGAUGAAUCUGAAAUAAUAAUGUUUAGUACAAUGUCAUUACCGCGCUGAGUGUGUGUGUGUGUGUGUGUGUGUGCGUGCGUGUGUGUGUGUGUGUGUGUGUGUGUGUGUGUGUGUGUGCGUGCGUGCGUGCGUGCGUGGAGUGUGUGUGCGUGCGACCACAGAACACAGUUCACAAUCACCAGCUUUCCUCUCAACGGCAGGACUUUUAAUGAACAACUCAAACUCAGAAUCUUUUCUCUGAAACCUUUUACGCUCUGAAUGCACAUUUCAGGACCAAUUCCCUUACUGCGCAACGCCUAGUGCAUCUGGCUGUAGUUAUUCUAAAUCAGAUGCCGUUUUUUAUAUCGAUGUAUUUACACCAGCCGAACAUGUUGUUUUUUUAUACUUUGAAGUAUUGUUAUGGUAUAAUAGGUCUCGUUUGUGUGUAAACCAUGCACCUGUCUGCAUCCCUGUGCAGGAGGGCUAGAAGUGUAUCUUAUUUAAAUGUUGAUAUUUCUCACUUUUUAAAGGAGAACUCAGUAAGUGUCAUUUUCUAUACGUGUAUUUUUGUAACAAUAUCUAUGGAGGGGGGUGCCAGUAGGUGGUGGUUUGGAUUCCUGAUGUUCAAAGCCAGAGGGUCUGUUGUCACAUAAUCUGCUCCCCGCUACAAUGUUUACACUUGACAGUAUUGCGCCACAUGCUUCUUAAAGGCACAGUGUCUAUAUUUCACCAGCCGAGUAAACAAACACACGCUACUACACUGGCGUGUCAGGGCUGCACCCAGUGACUGUUUCAACAGUGGAUUGGCAUAACCUGGACCCAGAUCUGUUUGUGCCAUCUUGUCAAGUCCUUGUCAAGGAGUGGCAAGACGGCAGAAACAGACUGGUACCCAGGCUAUAUCAGAAUUGUUAAAGAGAUGAAAUAUGCUGUUGGAUUGAGAGAAAACAUCGGUAUGCUUUUGUGGUGAUGUGUUUGAUUUUGAAACCACUGGAUGGAAUGUGACACUCACACAUUCUAAAUGCCUAUUUGAGUCAGAGGGAGGUGGAGAAAGGUGUAUGAAGUGCUUCGAUCAUCUAUCAUUGCGCAAUUGCAUAAUACGAAUAUUUAAUCGUUUUUUCUUCCUGUUGGCUUACUUGGCUAAGACUAGCUAGCUAAUUGUUUUCCUAUAUUAUGGCAUGGCAAAUUAGCAAUUGUAUUUCAGAUUCAGGUAUAUGUAUAGCUGUUGUGUUGAAGAUUUUUUUGGGGGGAAUAUCAAUUGAAGAUAUUUAUGUUUAUUGACUGUACUAUAAAGCAGAUAAGAUUGUGUUUCUAUGUAUAAUGAUCAACGACAGACACAAAAAUUGCCAUCUUUUGUCAUUAUGAUGUUAAAGAUGAUUGUGGUCCAGGAUUUUCUGUCUUAAAACCAUUUUUUAUUUGUUUUCAUUUGUGCAAUACGCUGUGUGUAUGGAUCAUAUGUUUCCUCCAAUCGUACCAUAUCUCAUUUGAAUAUAGAACUCAACGCCAGCCAAUCGGGUCAAUGACUGCCUCAGACCUCUGUACAGAUCAUUUUUAUUUGUUUGUUUGUUUAGUUUUUUCAAGACGGAAAUAAAAUCAGCUGGAACUGAA